UAUUUAUAUUCUUUUUUUCAGGGUGUUUUAUCGAAGAAUAUCAUAUAUCCAGUUGUAUACAUUCUAGGAUCUACGAAACAUACAUUCCCUUGUGGCAGUUGCGCUAGAAAUAUUUUGGCACGAAAAUAUUUGGACACUAUAUACAGUAUUUCAAUGAGAAUAGGAAUUGAUAUGACAAUGAAAUAUUUAAUGAUACCUGCCGUUCAGAGUUUUUUUUCAAUUUUUGAUACUAUUGAUAUAAUUUCCUUGGAAUCGUUGGAUGAGGUAUCAUUUCUUCAACAUACCCCUUCAUCCAGUAAGCAAUGUGUAUCCCAAAAAAUUUCUAACGUGGCAUUCAAAGAACGGGGACCAGCCAAUUGUGGACAGUUACAUGAUAAAGAAACUGUUUUGUCUACAAUACUCCAAGAGCUGAGAGAAGUUUUUACUCCUGAACUAGCAUACACGGCCUACUUACCAUUCAUUAAGCUCUUAGGAUAUACUUCUUUGGAAGUUUCGCUGAAAAAUCAUGAUAAAAUUCGUUCAUUAUGCCAAAAAUAUGAAGAAAGUAUUGGCUUAUCUAUUCAUAAAUCAAUGCCUGAACUAAGAUUAUCAGACUUAACAGAAGAUGUAGUUGAAAAAUCAAACAGUAUCGGCAGUAAUGUGUCUCUUACGGGAAAUAGAAUUGAUGUACAAAAUGAACUCAUAGACACUUCAAAUAUUGAGUUACUGGAUCUACUCAGUAACCAAAUGGAUAAUAAUGUAAGACACCUUCGUGGAAACUGGUUGGAAUAUUGGGAAAAUGAGAUAGGACGAUCAGAUUCGAACAAUUCGUUAAAUUUUAAACAAAUUAAACUACAAACAUUCGUGGGUCACAGUCAAAGCGUCAAAUGUUUACACAAAUUAGAUAAUGAGAACAGCUUCAUAUCUGGAAGCAGAGACAAGACAAUAAAACUUUGGUCUCUCAGAAAUCAAGGUGAUGGCUUUUGUACCUCAAACUGCCAAUGGACUUACAAUUCUCAUAAAAAAUCUAUUUUAUCUAUGACGUUCAUAGAGAGUAUACGAUUGGUAGCUUCAUGUGAUAGUGUGGUACAUAUUUGGGAUCCUUUCAUGGGAUCUAACUUGGGAAAUCUGGACUCUCCAAAAUUUUCUUCCGUGAAUACUUUGAAAAGUAUGCCUGCACCAUCUGCUAUAAUUUUUGCUGCAACUUCUGAUGGCACCUUAAAAAUCCUUGAUACACGUAUGCUGCAAUAUGUACAAGAAUUGAAAGUGAGUAUGGUAUUGAUUUUUUAAUUUUUUU